CAUUUUUCUUCCCUCCUCCCUUUUUUUUUUGGAGUCGGUCUCUUCCCCUUCCUUCCCCUGGUCCCUUGACGUAUACACACAGUAAGGCGAUAAUCCUGGGGUAAUACCUAGAUGCCUGCUAUUUCCAGAAGGUUCAGAACCUAUACCUACUUGUCAUUUUUAAGGGCUGCCACCCGGACUUAUAUAUACACACCUAGUGUCUUCACCGUUCUCACUUCCACCCGUCCUUUGUUUUUAUUUAUUUAUCUGUCUAUCCUUUCCGUGCGAGUCGCGGCCUCAAAUUGGGCUCACUUACACCGAGGCAAGGCGGGAUUCCUGUGGGAGCGUCCCUUGUUCGCGCCGGCGCCGAUUGGCCAAUGGCGGCCCACCGGUAUGGUCUCCAGACUCAGAAAAUUUUGUCUUGGCGUGUGGAAAAUUGACCUGCAGACCUCGAAAUGUGGACCCGGCUGCGUCCAUAGCUGCGUUCAUCGAGCAAUCCAAGGCGACCGUAGCGGCCCGAGUUACUUUGGCCAUGACGGCCUGGUACUUACGGCUAUUCUCUCGAGUACAUCGCCUACGUUUCUUGUCCCUGCCCCUUUCGCCGGACAGGCAGUUGGUCUCCCGGGCAAGGCGGGCUGCGGGUUUACUAUUAACCUGGAACCUCCCAACGUCGCCAGGCGGGAAUAACAACAGCAGGGCAGUGGGUACGCGCCCGGUAUUAUGUUGUAGACAUAUGCAGCGUGUGGUGGUUGUGC